UAAGUGCAUCCAUACAUGGGGUGGAAGGGGACCGGCAUUCCUCCGGUGAGAGGGGAAUAUUUUUGUUACCAUCAGCAAGUGCUUCCCAAGCGGCACCAGGCUGCUCUCUGCCACCGCUUUGCACUCUUUCAUCUCUUCAGGAAAUCCAGCUCCACAGUGGUGAAGACGGAGCAGGCCACAGAGGCGAUGGCGGAACCAGCCUACACCGUACCGGCGUUCCGGCAGAGGACGGCGGAGGGAUCUGAGGAGUACCAAAGAGUGGCUGCGAAUUUUGGGAAGGGGCUGUCCGUCAUCCAGGAGGAGCUGCACAGGAUGAGGAUGGCCACCAAAGCCCAAGUGGACAGCAUCGCCAUCCAGAGGGAAGUGAAGGACAGGAUGAUGAAGAAGGCAGAGGAGCUGGAGGACUUCCCCAAAAUGCCAGACUUCCUGGUGGCCCUGCGGUCCCACACCGUGUGGGAGAAAACCCCCGUCAAGCUCUUCUGCACGGUGGAGGGAAACCCCAGGCCCAUCGUCAAAUGGUAUAAAGGGGGAGUGCCGGUCGACCCGCUGAACGCCCCAGGAAAGUACAAGAUCGAGAGCAAGUAUGGAGUCCACAGUCUGAUCAUUAGCAGGUGUGUUGUGAGUGAUACCGCCGAGUACAGCGCCGUGGCGACCAACCAGCACGGCACCGCCACCAGCAAGGCCACAGUUACUGUGAAACGACCAGCCGGAUCCGGGGAGGCCUGCCAGCUUGGCCUGGUGCCUCACCUGACGGAGAUCCACCCCAGCAAGCUGGAGGUCACCCUGCUCGACCGGUUCCCGGUGAGCUUUGGCGUGGAGGGCGGCUCCAUCAAGCUGGUCUGCACCAUGGUGGUGGUCCCCGACCUCCCCAACAUCCCCCCCCUGGCCCAGUGGUACAGAGAUGAUAAACUGCUGAAGCCCAGCCCGCUGGCGGAGAUGAGCGUGGGAGGGGGCGCGGCCAGCCUGACGCUGCCCCACCUGGCCAAAGACGACGAGGGUCUCUACACGCUCCGCAUCUUCACCAAGGACGGCACCGCCGAGCACAGCGCCUACCUGUUCGUCUCUGAUGCCGCUCCCGCUGCCGCCGGCGCUCCCGGCGCUCCGAUGAGCGUCAAGGCCUAUGACAUCAACUCCGAUUACGUCUUGGUUGCUUGGAAACCCCCCAACACGGUCGACGAGGCGCCAAUCACCGGAUACUUUGUGGAUCGGUGUGAGGUCGGUUCCGACUCGUGGGUCCAGUGUAACGACGCCCCGGUGAAGGUGUGCAAAUACCCGGUGCACGGCCUCAGCGUGGGCCGCUCCUACCUCUUCCGGGUCAGAGCCGUGAACAAAGUCGGCAUCAGCCGGCCGUCGCGCUCGUCGGAGAAAGUGACGGCCCUGGACGCCGCCGAGAGCGAGAGGCUGCAAGGUACCGACGAAGGCGUCCCCUCUGCCCCUGGCCAGGUGGUCGCCACCAGGAACACCAAGUCGUCUGUGUUCGUGCAGUGGGACCCCCCCAAGCAGCUGAAAAACCUCAUGGGGUAUUACAUCGACGGCCGCGCCGCCGGAUCCAAGAGCUGGUUCGCCUGCAACCACAAACCCUUCAAGCACAACAGGUUUGUGGUCCACGGUUUGAUCCCGGGGGAGACCUACGUCUUCCGUGUUCAGGCGGUCAACGUGUUCGGCCUAAGCGACGAGUCGCAGGAGUCCUCCCCCAUCUCUGUGGAGCCCGCCCUCGCGACCCCCAGCGCUCCGUAUGGAAUCACCAUGCUGAGCUGCGACGGCGCCGCCAUGACUCUGGCCUGGAAGAGCCCCAAACACUGCGGCGGCUCCAAGGUCAACGCCUACUACAUCGACAAGCGCGACGCCGACACGCUGGUGUGGAAGGAGGUCAACCUGUCAGCCGUCACCGAGAGGAUCUGCACGGUGGACAACCUGAAAGAAGGAACCUUUUACGAGUUCAGGAUCCAGGCCGCCAACCUGGCGGGCGUCGGCCUGCCCUCAGCGCCCAGCGACCCCAUGAAGUGUGAAGCCUGGACCAUGGCGGAGCCAGGGCCGGCCUUCGACCUGAGCUUCAGCGAGGUCCGUGGAGACUCUCUGGUCAUCCUGUGGAAGGCUCCCGUGUAUUCCGGAGCGUCCGCCGUCACCGGAUACUUCGUGGACAUGGCCAAGGCCCGCUCCUCUGACUUUGUCACCCUAAACCAAGAAGCCGUGAGCCAUCGUUACCUGCAGGUGUCCGGGCUGCAGGAAGGGGAAAGCUACGUGUUCAGAGUCCGAGCGGUCAACGCCAGCGGAGUUGGGAAAGCUUCCCAGCUGUCGGAGCCGGUCUGCGCCAAAGCUCUUCCAGGAUCUAAGGAGAUCGUGGCUGGAGUGGACGAGGAGACCGGAGACGUCUUCCUGUCCUUCGAGGCCUGUGAGAUCUGUGAGACCUCCAAGUUCCUGUGGUCCAAGGACUACAAACCCGUCGCCGACGGCCCGCGGCUCGCCGUCUCUACGAAGGGCCGAACCUCCAGACUGACCUUCACCAACCCGGACUCGGAGGAUCUGGGCCGAUACUCGGUGGUGGUGACCGACACAGACGGGGUUUCUGCCAGCCACACCCUGACGCAGGACGCUCUGGACGCCAUGCUGGAGCUGAGCUACGCCAUCAGACACCCAGUCGUUCCUCUGAAGCACAGCCUGAACUACGAGAUCCUGGAGAAAGGUCACGUGCGCUUCUGGCUGCAGGCCGUCAAGCUGUCCAAGUCCGUGUCCUACCGCUUCAUCGUCAACGACAAGGAGGUCACCAGCGGGGAGGGUCAGAAGAUCAGUCACGACGUGGCGUCCGGAGUCAUCCAGAUGACCGUGGAUCAUUUCACCCGAGCCAAUGAGGGCACCUAUACCGUCCAGAUCACCGACGGGAAGGCCAAGACCCAGACCUCCCUGGUUCUGGUGGGAGAUGUGUUUAAAGCUGCUCUGAAGGAGGCGGAGUUCCAAAGGAAAGAGCACAUCAGGAAGCAAGGUCCUCAUUUCUCCGAGUACCUGUACUUCACCGUCACGGAGGACUGCACCGUCCUGCUCGCCUGCAAGGUGGCCAACGUGAAGAAGGAGACGAGUUUCCACUGGUACAAGGAAGACGACGAGGUCGUUCCGGAAACUCCUCCCAACGUCAUGUCCGGAGCCUGCGCUCUUCCUCUUCCUCAGUUCUCCAGGAAGGAUCAGGGCGUCUACAAGGCCGUUCUGAGCGACGACAGAGGAAAGGACUCCUCCGUGUUUGACAUCUCCGGCAAAGUUUUUGAUGACAUCAUCAACGCCAUCGCUCAGAUCGCCGGGGCGUCGGCCUCCGAGCUGGUCAUGCAGUGCACCCCAGAGGGCAUCCGGCUGCAGUGCUACAUGAACUACUACACAGAGGAGAUGAGGACCGUCUGGAAGCACAAGGAGAGCAAGAUCGCGUCCUCAGAGAAGAUGAGGAUCGGCGGCACCGCCGAGAUGGCCUGGAUGCAGAUCUGCGACCCGUCCGACAAGGAGAAAGGUCACUACGCCAUCGAGAUCUCCGACGGCGUCUCCACCUACACCCGCAAGUUCGACCUGUCCGGACAAGCGUUCACCGACGCCUACGAGGAGUACCUGCGACUGAAAGCUGCUGCUUUUGCUGAGAAAAACCGCGGCCGAGUGGUGGGAGGUCUUCCUGAUGUGGUCACCAUCAUGGAGCAGAAGUCCCUGAGCCUCACCUGCACCGUGUGGGGCGAGCCGACCCCCGAGGUCACCUGGUUCAAGAACGAGCAGGAGGUCACCUCCACCGAGCACACCAAGGUCACCUUCGACGGCGGCAAGUUCGCCAGCAUGGUCAUCACCAAGGUGACCCCGGAGGACUCGGGCAAGUACAGCAUCAACGUGCGCAACAAGUACGGCGGCGAGUUCGUGGAGAUCACUGUCAGCGUGUACCGCCACGGGGAGCCCCUCCCCGAGCCCAAGCUGGGACAGCCCAAAGCGGCCGCCCCGCCCCCCGCCGCCGCCCCCAAAUGAGCAGCAGUUGGAACU